ACUGGCCCUGUCCUUCCAUCUGCCCAGAGAGGAGCAUCCAGAUCAAGGUGCUGGCCAUGUCCCAGUUGGUGGAAUGCGUCCCCAACUUUUCGGAGGGGAAGAACCAGGAGGUGAUCGACGCCAUCUCUGGAGCCAUCACACAGAGCCCGGGCUGCGUGCUGCUGGAUGUGGACGCAGGCCCUUCCACCAACCGCACCGUGUACACCUUCGUGGGGCCGCCGGAGUGCGUGGUGGAGGGGGCUCUCAACGCUGCCCGGGUAGCUUCCCGACUUAUCGACAUGAGCAGGCACCAAGGGGAGCACCCCCGCAUGGGGGCCCUAGACGUCUGCCCCUUCAUCCCCGUGAGGGGCGUCAGCAUGGACGAGUGUGUGCUCUGCGCCCAGGCCUUUGGCCAGCGGCUGGCAGAGGAGCUGGACGUGCCAGUGUACCUGUAUGGCGAAGCGGCCAGGAUGGACAGUCGCCGGACCCUGCCGGCCAUCCGAGCUGGGGAGUACGAGGCCCUGCCUAAGAAGCUCCAGCAGGCCGAGUGGGCGCCCGACUUUGGCCCUAGCUCCUUUGUGCCCAGUUGGGGGGCCACGGCCACGGGGGCGAGGAAGUUCCUCAUUGCUUUUAACAUCAACCUACUCAGCACAAAGGAGCAAGCCCACCGCAUCGCGCUCAACCUGCGGGAGCAGGGCCGCGGGAAGGACCAGCCAGGACGUCUGAAGAAGGUUCAGGGCAUUGGCUGGUACCUGGAUGAGAAGAACCUGGCUCAGGUGUCCACCAAUCUUCUGGACUUUGAGGUCACGGGGCUGCACACGGUCUACGAGGAGACCUGCCGAGAAGCACAGGAGCUGAGCCUCCCAGUGGUGGGCUCACAGCUGGUGGGCCUGGUGCCCCUGAAGGCUCUGCUGGAUGCGGCUGCCUUCUACUGCGAGAAGGAGAACCUCUUCAUCCUGGAGGAGGAGCAGCGGAUCAGGCUGGUGGUGAGCCGGCUGGGCCUGGACUCCCUGUGCCCCUUCAGCCCUAAGGAGCGGAUCAUCGAGUACCUGGUCCCUGAGCGCGGGCCUGAGCGAGGCCUGGGCAGCAAGUCCCUGCGCGCCUUCGUGGGGGAGGUGGGUGCCCGCUCGGCGGCCCCCGGGGGCGGCUCGGUGGCGGCGGCCGCUGCGGCCAUGGGUGCAGCGCUGGGCUCCAUGGUGGGCCUCAUGACCUACGGGCGGCGCCAAUUCCAGCCCCUGGACGCGACGAUGCGGCGCCUGAUCCCGCCCUUCCGCGAGGCUUCGGCCAAGCUAACCACGCUGGUGGAUGCCGACGCCGAGGCCUUCGCCGCCUACCUGGAAGCAAUGAGGCUGCCCAAGAACACACCUGAGGAAAAGGACAGGCGCACAGCGGCCCUACAGGAGGGGCUGAGGCGGGCAGUCUCUGUGCCGCUGACGCUAGCGGAGACGGUGGCCUCGCUAUGGCCAGCGCUGCAGGAACUGGCCCGGUGUGGGAACCUGGCCUGCCGGUCAGACCUCCAGGUGGCGGCCAAAGCCCUGGAGACGGGCGUGUUCGGCGCAUAUUUCAACGUGCUCAUCAACCUGAGGGACAUCACAGACGAGGCAUUUAAGGACCAGAUCUACCAUCGCGUCUCCAGCCUCCUUCAGGAAGCCAAGACUCAGGCUGCACUGGUGCUAGACUGCUUGGAGACCCGGCAGGAGUGACGGUGCGGGAGGCCUCUCUCGGCUCUGUGGCCCCUCCCUCGCCCAUCCCCAGAGGGCAGAGCUGUGACCUCGGUGGGGACACAGCUUGUUCGUGUGGGGCCCGGAGGAUAGGUGGGCGGGCAGCGGGGCGUCGCCCGGGAAUGGAGGCGCUGGCAGGGACAGAAGACCCCUUAGUCCCAUGUGACCUCCAGUAAAGUCUUGGCACCAAACCUGUGUUGUGUGUUGGCGGUUUUGGGGGCAGGGCUGAGAGCUGAGCUGCGGGUCUUGGGGCAGGAGCAGGACACAUGGUCAGUGGCCCACGGGAGCCGGGAUUAGAGGGAAUGGGGUCACAGCGUGAGGUCACAGACCUCAGCGCCAGGGUCCCCAGACACCCAGUGCAGCCCACAGUGGACAGGGUCACAGGUAUUCGGAGCACCUGGGGUUCAGUGCGGGUCCCUGGGCUGCAAGGCCCCUCGUCUGAGGGAAAGGGGCCCUGGUUGUGCAUGGGACAGAAACCCUGGGAACAGCAGGACCUUCGACGCUGGAAGGAGGAUAGUCUUGCUUCCCAGGUGCAGCUCCCGGUGGGUCUGGGCAGCCCCACGGAGCACGGUACUGGCCCCGUCCUCAGUUCCCGUCCACCUUUCAACCAGCAGCUCCUGGGAGACUUUUCCUCCCAGCCUCAGCUCCCUGCCAGGCCAGCUUCCUGUCUCCAGAGAAGUUCUCCAUUAAAAAACAAUUUAACAAAUCACUAUACUCUCAGAUUACUUCCAGAUGAACUAUUACAUGAGAUAGACGAAGUAUGAAUGUAUUUGUUAGACGGCAGUGCAGGAUGUUAAAAAGAUGACUGUGUCCUUGAGUGAAGCAGAAAACUCAAAUGCCUUAUUGGAGAGAUUACCCAUUCUGAAAAUAGAACAUACUUGUUCCUGAAAGAAGAUGUCAUCGUCCAAGACAAAUGACAAGAAUCCUACAGGGAGAAAAAACACCCAAGGUAUGUG